CUUUCUCCGGGCGGCAUGGGGGGCGCGCGGGACGUGGGCUGGGUGGCGGCGGGCCUGGUGCUGGGCGCCGGCGCCUGCUACUGCAUCUACCGGCUGACGCGCGACCGGCGGCGAGGCUGCCGUGGGCGGCGGCUGCGCCCCUCGCGCUCCGCAGAAGAUCUAACUGAUGGUUCACAUGAUGAGGUCCUAAAUGCAGAACAACUGGAGAAACUUCUCUACCUGCUUGAGUCAACUGAGGACCCUGUCAUUAUUGAAAAAGCCUUGGUCACUCUGGGUAACAAUGCAGCCUUUUCAGCUAACCAAGCCAUUAUUCGUGAAUUGGGAGGUAUUCCCAUUGUCGGAAACAAAAUCAACAGUCCAAAUGACAGUAUUAAAGAGAAAGCUUUAAAUGCACUCAAUAACCUUAGUGUGAAUGUUGAAAACCAAAUCAAGAUAAAGAUAUACGUUAAUCAAGUCUGUGAGGACGUCAUCUCUGAUACCCCGAACUCGGCUGUGCAGCUGGCUGGACUGAGGCUGUUGACAAACAUGACUGUUACCAAUGACCACCAGCACAUGCUGAGCAACUACAUUACAGACCUGUUCCACCUGCUACUUAGUGGAAAUGGAAGCACCAAGGUUCAAGUGUUGAAGCUGCUAUUGAAUUUGUCUGAAAAUCCAGCCAUGACAGAAGGACUACUCAAUGCCCAAGUGGAUCCAUCAUUCCUGUCCCUUUAUGAUGGCCAAAUGGCUAAGGAGAUUCUUCUUCGAGUACUUACUCUCUUUCAGAAUAUAAAGAACUGCCUCCAAAUGGAAGGUCAUGGAGCUAACCAGCCUUCUUUUGCUAAAGGGUCAUUAUUUUUCCUGUUAUAUGGAGAAGAAUGUGCCCAGAAAAUGAGAGCUUUGGUCUACCAUCACGAUGAGGAUGUGAAAGAAAAAGUGGUAACAAUAAUACCAAAAUUCUGAUUUGUUGAUCCUAUUUUUCCAGAGAGUAAUGCAGCCUAUUAGUUAUCACACAGUUAUUUUUCAUCUUCUUUUAAAAGGAUUGUUUUAGCCACUGAAUUUGAACAAUAACUACCGUAUUUCAUCUUUAACACAGUUCAGGUUAGGCAUUCCUGAUCCAACAUGAUGGUCAGUGUUUGGGAUUUUAGAGCAUUUCAGAUUCGGGGUUUUGGGACUAGGUGUGUGUAUGCUAAGCCAGUAAAGUCUGUGAAGAUACUCCGUUCUGAAAAGCGCACGAGAUCUUAUACUCGUCAUACUCUCCAGGCUAGUUUUGGACCGUCUUGUUGGUACCAGAUGAAUAUGAUUGUACUAAACUAUUAUGUCACGGUUUAUGAACUGCCGUAGUGAUUUCCUCCACAAGAGACGGUGUGGCAUGCAUAUGUAAUAAUCACCCUUCUGACUCCUGGAAGGGAUGUACAGUUACUCUUGGGAGACCGCUGGGGACCUGGUGGAUUGGAUGCCAGGAACCACCUGUUCUUUAGGGCACUGAUCUCUGUCAGGCCACCUGCCAGCCACCCAUACUGCCUUCAAGUCUGUUUCGAUCAUCAAAAACUCUUCUGUCAUUUCUAAUCAGUUUUUUUAAAAAGUAAGCUUUUCAGGAAGAAUGUUCUUCGAACUCACUUCUAUAAGUGUGUCAUUGUGUAAAGAUGUGACAUAUAGAAUACUGGGAAUCAACCAAAAUGGCCAUCCAUAGAGAUCUAGUUACAAUUAUGUAACCACUCUUUGAAAAGACUGAAGUGAAUCUGACUGUACUGAUGUAGAAAUAUACCCAUGAAAUGGUGGUUUUUAAAAACACAUUCUAAUAGUAUGUGGUAUAAUCCCAUGUCUUUUGUGAGCACUAUUUACAUUUCUAUCUAGACGGAACACUUCUAGAAAGACGUUCAUGCUCCUGGGUGUGGGGCUGGGCUGUGGGAUAUGGCUUUUCUGUGUAUGUCCAUUUCUAUUGUUUGAAUUUUUUUACUAUGACCAUAAAUUGAAUAAUUUUUUUUUAAUAAAAAGAAAAACUUUAAA